ACAUGGUUGAGCGAUCCGUUUUGCUGGGCAUCUAUUACAGCUAGGGGGGGGUGGUAGCGAGGCCGAAAGUGCGGUGACGGCCUAGGCAAGGCCCGGCUGACCGACGAGGAAACGGACAGAGGAUGGAAAGGGGAUCACAAAGAAAUGAGACGGAACCAGCCCAGCAGCAAAAGCAAUGUCUCGCAGUGGCGGCAGCGGGGAUCCGGGGACAGGAACCAACUCCACGGGGCCGAUUGAGGCGGCGUGUCAGGUGUCGAGAUGUCCGAGCGAAUGGAUGACGGGCAGGUCAUGGAGUUGGCAGGUUGGCAGCUGGGCGCUGUGACGUGGGAGCGCGUCCUCUGGCUCCUCGGAUCGGGGCCAACACGCUCGGGAGGUGCAGAAGACGAGAGGUCGGAACGUGGCAAGCGGAGAUCGGGAGACGUCAAAGUCGAUAGUCUCCGGGCGCGGCCGCGAAUGCGAGCAUCAAAUGUCACUGGUGCACGGAAGAUGGCUUGCUGGUCUUGGGACCCGUGCCGUAUCUGUUCUCGGGAGCGAUUCCGUUUAAGGUACCAUUAUGCAGGACGAAGGGGCCGGUUUGAGGGUCGACAGAGCCGAGGCAGGCUGAGAGGGCGAAAGCGCGUGGGAUGGGAUGAUGGUGCGGAGAGCACGCGGAAGAGGGACGGCGCGAAGGAGACCAGACCAGGGAGUAGGUACCUAGGUAGGUAUGGAGUAGGGAGCAGGGAAUAGAGAUGGUCCCUUGCAGCGGCCGGCGAGGGUGAGUGAGUAGUGGUGGUGAAGGUAGUGAUAGUGAUGGUGAAGGAGGACGAUGGGAUGGAAGACGACGUCGGUUUUGUUCUACUAGGCGGAUAAUAGUCGACAAUGGUAGGUACCUGAG